UUUAUUUUAUGGUGUGGUAUCUCAAGUCAAUGAGAGAACAUUUCACCCAUUUCGUCCCCACGUAAACGUGGUCAGAAUUAGCAUAAAGCAAUAAACAGGAUUCCACGGGUCAUAAUCAAAAACAAAAGAGCAAUUUGCACUACCCAAGCAUUGUAAGACUCAUGGAUUAGCAUAAUCCAAACCCAUCGAGCUUAGCAGUCCCUAGACCCUAGGAUGCUUGGGAAUGUCUCUCUGAAGAUAGAUUAAUCAUCCAAUAAUCAAAUUGACUAAAUACGCGGAUUCUAACUGAUGUCUGUCAUCACCUAAGCAAUUAGCAGUUGCUAUAGAGGUUCUGAACUCUAGAAAUGGGAAGCCGGCAAAUGAGCACCAAGAAGAUGCAAACCUCGUUUAGAAAAAAGCAGCCACGUCUUUCCGAUGCGCUAAUGUCAGUGCUCGGUGAGACUUGUGGCGAAGAGCUUGAGCGAGGAGAGAGCUUCUUUGGACGGGCCAGUAUGAAGAAGGCGGACGAGAAAGUCAUGGCGGACGCGACUGAAAAUGGCAUUCAGUCUCGAAGCUCCUUUAGUAGAAAGCUUAGCACUGCAAUGAAGUUACCGAAGACGCGUGCGCGACCUUUGAAUAUCGCGCUUGUGCAAGGAUUAGAUAUCAGUGAGAUCAGGAGGCUGGUCAUGACCGAAGACGUCAACGUAUCUGAUGAAUAUGGGAAAACCCCGCUUCACUGUGCUGCUCAUGCGCAGAACGUCGAGGCUGUCGAGUUGCUGCUGGAGCGACGCGCGAAUGUGAACGUGCUGGAUGAUCGCGAGGAGACUCCGCUUCACGCCGCUGUCCGCACUGGGAAGAUCGCUGUUAUUAACGCUUUGCUCAACCAUCCCAAGAUUAAUGUGAACCUGUCAGGCCCGGACACCCGGACAACCCCUCUACACCUUAUCGCUCAGCUCGACCAUCCAACCAACCUCGCCAUCUGCAAUUCACUGCUGAGCAAUAAUGCGGACUUACUGUCCCGAGAUAGCCAGAACAUGUUAGCGAUUAGUUACUCCGCGAAGAAAGGACAGCACGAUAUGAUGAAUUGCUUCUUCAAAUACGCAAAGGAGCAAGACCGCCCUUUACCAUACCUUCUGUAUGACGUAGACUCCUCGAGCAGCUCCCUCCUCCACCUUGCUGUCACUAGUAGCAACAGCCAGGCAGUCGCUGUUUGCUUGAAACACGGCGCUGAUGUGCAUGCGCAAAGGUCUUCAGAUGAGACUACCGCUGUACACAUCGCUUGCUCACGUGGACCAUACGAGGUCGUCAAGCAGAUUCUUGAGUCAGUUUCUUACAAAUUUGACUACGCGCUGACUGAUCACCAAGGACUCACUUGCCUUCACAGGGCCGCGAAGUUUAACCAUUCUAGGAUUGUCAAUUUACUGCUUGAUCAGAAUGUCGAAGUUAACCCCCUUGACGAUACGGGGAAAACCCCGCUUAUGUGCGCCGUGUUCCGAGGUUGUGAAAAGGCUGCAAGUGUGUUAAUAAGACGUAACGCAAGCCUGAGAGUGCGUGACAACCACGACAGGAAUGUUGCCCAUCUAGCUGUAGGCUGUAACGCAACGCUCCAGCUUAUUCUUAAGCAUGAAAAGCUGGAUCUCUCGCUCGUCAAGGAAAAAGAUAAAUCAGGAUCGACUCCUCUUCAUUAUGCAGCUAAAGGCGGGUAUCCACUGGACGUGGAACUCCUCUUAUCAAGGAAGAGGGAGCUCGCUUCACUCACCAACGCUAACGAGGACACUCCCUUGCACAUUGCUGUUUGCAAUGGGUGGUUGAACAUCGUUCAGUUGCUUCUAGAAGGCUCUAAUGUCCGGAUGGUCAACUGGUUGGACAAGAAUGAACGGACCCCUCUUCACCUCGCGGCCAAACAUGGCCACGUGGACAUCGUGGAUUUCCUACUCCACACGGGCGCGAGUAUACAGCGAGAUCGUUACGGCCAGACCGCUCUACAUCUCGCGGCAUGGGUUGGAUCCCUUCCCAUCGUCGAUUUACUGUUAUCUGCGAAUUUUUUCUGCUUAAAUCAAAAGGACGAGAAACAGGAAAUGGCUCUCCAUCUAGCCGUACAGGCCGGCCAUGCUGACUUAGUGGAGCAUUUUCUAAACUUGAAAGAUCAAGACCUGACUGUCAACAACAUAGACAAAAACAUCCUCGAUAUGGCGAUUGACCACCAGCAUGCCAGUGUUGCCAUGGUGAUGGCCAAUAGCAAGAGGUGGCGCGAGGUGUUUCUCCCUCCUUGUAACGGUUCCCCGAGUCAGAUGGAGCUGCUGGUGCAGAAAAUGCCUGGUGUUGUCGAGGCGUUUCUCGAUCGGUGCAUUCGUAGAGAGGGAAAGAAAAACAGCCCGGACCACAAGAUAACAUACAACCUUCAUUACUUGCAAGGCAUGCCUAACUAUGAAAAGUGCAUACCCAAAAAUUCGCUGAAGCCGCUAUAUGCGAUGGUGAAGUAUAAGCGACUCAAAUGUCUGCAGCACCCAACGAGUCUUGCUCUGAUCAACGUCAAGUGGCGGAGAUACGGCCUUAUGCUCGUCCUCAUUAAUCAACUGCUGUCGAUUCUCUACCUGUGUUUCGUGAUUGGCCUCGUAUCCAUGCUCACUGACAACCCGUGCUUUACAUCUGUUGGCGAACAAAUGAAACAGUGUAGAAACACAACUCGCUUCAAAGAACUCCGAGGCGACCCUUCUUGGCCCAAACUACCAACCUUGAAAUACUUCGAUACGUUGAAAUACCUGCUGGUGUUACUGAGUAUUGCCAAACUGCUCAGUCAGAUUGUGCACAUGUAUACCGAGGGCUGGCGAUAUCUGACCAAGUUUAGUUAUCUAAUGGAGCUCGCCUUGUGCAGCAGCAUGAUCGUCUUCCUGCUCCCUGAUGAUUGCCGAGGCUGUUAUGGCGCAGGCGCAGUAGCCGCAUGCCUUGCGUGGUUCAGCCUCAUGUCACGAAUAGCCAGUGUGUCUUUUCUGGGGAUAUACUUGAUGAUGCUCGCCAAGAUCUUUGUCACCGUCGCUCGAGUUUUUGUACUGCUUUUUAUGUUUCUUCUCUGUUUCGCGUUCUCAUUUUAUGUCAUGGACUUUCAACAGGUCCUGUUCUAUGACAUUUUCCAUUCAUUGGCGACGACAUUUGUGAUGCUGAUGGGGGAGGUCCACUACGAGACGAUUUUCCUGGAAAAGACAACCAACGCCUAUAUCAUGUACCCUUUAUACAUGCUAUUCGUCAUCUGUGUACCUAUCAUCUUCCUUAAUUUAUUGAUUGGUUUAGCCGUCGGCGAUAUAGCCUCUAUUCAGAAGAUUGCAACUCUAGAGAGAUAUUCGGCUCAGGUAGAGCAGCUCCAUAGUAUUGAGAGAAUCUACCCGCGGUUCAUUGUCAAAAGAUGGCAGAUGAGAAAAUACGUUGAGUAUCCCAACCGGACCAAUACUUUGGCUAGGAGGAUCGUUGACGUUAUAGCGGGUACCUUGACAACCGCAGGUUUUGAGGAAGAGCAACGAGAGAACGAGGUGGAGAAAGUGAUUGACGAGCAGGAACAAAGGAUGAAGACCAUGUCAGUUCAGCUGGAGUCCCAGACUCGUCAGCUUGAAUUCAUGAAAAGUCACAUGGAAAGAAUUGAGGAGAAGCUAACAGGAUCACUUCCGGUCAGAGAGCGAGGAUUCACUGUACUAGAGCAAGCCAACUUGCUCCAGCGAUGACAAAUGGGAUGUUACAUGGAAUAUUUAUUUAUUGAUUAAUUAAAAGUAUUACUCAUGAUUUUUACUCUUUCACACAACACCGCGAUGGCAUGUCAAAUAUUUAUUGCAAUUAACUGCAUGGCCGUAAGACACUAUUUAUAUCAAAUUCUAGUAACUUGUGAAUUCAAUAGGAUCAUACAAAAGAUUUUUGUAACAAUUUUUUCACACUGUUAUGUUGUUACGAUAGCAUAUAAGAUUUUCUUUCGACUUACAAAACCCUUUUUUUUGUUCAUUUGUCUUGCGCGCGCAAGGGGGGUCAUCUACCCACCAGCACUUGCUCGGCAUAUUCUGAGCAAUCAGCAAAAAUAGCGCGAAAUUCGCGGGUUAAAUUUCAAAACAGGCCAAGUAAAAAUAUUAAAUUAUCCU